AAAAAAAAAAAAAAAAAAAAAAAACCAUCCGAUCGCCCGCAGAGCUCUCGCCUUCCCUUGGUUGUAGUGCGCUCUGGCCGUGGGCUGAUAGGAGGUUUUCUGGGCAUCACAACCACCGGGGCACAUGAGUGGCAGGCUCUGGGAAUCUUUCAUCUACGAUGACGUCGAGGGCUUCCAGCGGCUCUUGGUGGCCGCCAGCUCUGCAGCGACGGGUGGUGGCAAUCAGCGAGGCAUAGGAGGAGGAGGAGGAGGAGGAGGAGGGGUAGACAGCAGCCCUGGGGCGGGCCUGCUAGGAUCCUCACCCAGUUCGCCGUUGAAGAUCAAUAUCCGGAAACUCAGUGCUUCCUCGCCGGGUCAUCAUUCUAUCGCAGAUCACCGCAGCGGUUCCUAUCGGUCAGGAUCAGGGUUGUCCCGUGCAGAGCUGAACGCCCGCGAUCAGUACGGCAGAACUCUCCUGCACCAUAUCGCAUCGUCACGGAAACCAACCGCCAUCGACUUUGCGCUCGCCUUGCUAGAAAUCCCGUUGGUGGACAUAUACGUGCAGGACUGGGAGAGCGGGUGGACCGCGCUGCACCGGGCGCUGUACGCGGGCAAUGCAACCAUCGCUCAGGCCUUGAUGGCCAGGGAUAUUCGCGAUGCGACCGAUUUCAGUAAAGCCGGGGCGCCGAGUCACCAGGUCGGGUCUUUGAUCAAGAUCAAAGACCGCGAGGGCUACAGUCCCUUUGAUGUGUAUGGAUCAACCAUUACGUCGCGCGAAAUCAAACAGAUCGUCUUGUCGCCCGCAACGAUAGACCCGACCUUCCUGGAUUCUGUGGACAGUGAGACGGCGUCGAAUGAUCCUCCGGCCCUCGGGGGUCACAAUGAUGAAGAUAACGGGUACGUGCUUCGAGGCGCCAUUAAACCGCGAAUCAAUGUCUUGGGCAGCGAGGUGUUCACCUUCGGGAGCAACAAAAACCUGAAUCUUGGCCUUGGGGACCAGGAUGAUCGCCAGUUCCCGGAACGAGUCACCCUGAAGCGUCCAGAGCAUCUCCUGCGCCGGUUCUAUCGCGAAUACCAGGAACGCGAGUCAUCCAGGGAUGGUUAUCCGGAAGUCAGCAGCCGUUCUGUUGCCGACUUGCCGACCCUGAUCAGAAACAAGCCGAUUAGCUUCCAAAACAUCGUCAUGUCCAAACUGCAUACCGCCAUCUUGACUAAUGAUCCGGAGUCGAACCUGUUCAUGUGCGGGUUCGGCCCAGGUGGACGCCUGGGCGCCGGGGACGAGUCGACCCGGUUCAGUUUCGUGUGCAUUGAAACCGGCGGUCUGGCCGGCAAGAGAGUCAUCUCGGUCGCCUUGGGCCAGGACCAUUCGCUCGCCAUCACGGAACACGGAGAGAUCUUCAGCUGGGGCUCCAACAAGUACGGCCAGCUGGGCUACAGCCUUCCCCGGACGAACAACAAGAACGACAUCCCCACCCAGACUACCCCAAGGCAGAUCUUUAACCCGUUCAAAAAGGAGGCCAUCCUUGGAGCCGCCGCGUCUGCCAUCCAUUCGGUCGUGUACAGCAGUUCUGGUCUGUAUACCUUUGGCAAGAACGAGGGUCAGCUCGGUCUCGUGGAUUCGGAUGCUCGCUCCUUGGAGCUCCAAACCACGCCGCGGCGUGUGGGAGCAAGCCUGUUCAACUGUCCCAUUCAGAUGGUCUCGGCCAUUGAUCGUGCCACUGCCGUCCUGCUGCAAAACCACGAAGUCUGGGUUUUCUCCCAAUUCGGGUAUUCCAAGAUUGCAUUCCCGCUCGACGUCAGCUCCUCUUUCAUCAAAAACAGCUUCAUGGCCACCCGUUACGGCGCGGCCGUCAACUGUAUCGUGAAGAUCACCUCUGGCGGCAGCACGAUCUGCGCCCUCUCCAGUUUCGGCGAGGUCUUCACUGUCCACGCCAACAAAUCCGACAACGCCGCCGCCGCCUACACGUCGACGACCAACCCGCACAAGGCUCGGAACUCCCUCUCGCCGCCCGUCCGAGCAUGGUCCGUCAAGAAAUCGCACAUGGCCGCCCGAGACGUGGACGUCGGUCAGGACGGAUCCAUAAUCAUCUGCACGCAUUCCGGAUCGGCAUGGCGGAAGGAGAGACGGACAAAGACUAAGGAGGGGCCAUCGGAAGAGUACAAGUUUGCUCGCAUCCCAGGUCUGUCUCGCGUGGUAGCAGUCCGAAGCAAUGCCUUUGGGGCGUAUGCGGUGGCUCAGCGCGACUGCGACGUCACCAAGGAGCAGAUUGUUGUGAGCCCCAGCACAUUCUUGAAUGACAUGCUACCUCUAUCCCCAUUCAAGAUGGGGACAGUUGUUGACUUGCAACACGCCCUGGAUUCUUCCUCAUCGGACUCUGCCCCCGGUCACGAGCCUCUCCCGGCCAUCAAACGAUCUCUUCUCUCGGCCUCCGACCUUGAAUCUCUCUUUCUGUCCACUGGGUUUCCAACCUCAGAUGAGAUGUCUAACGGCGUCGCCUGGCUGAAAUCCACGGUUUCCGACGCGCGGAUUCCCGUCCACGAGUUUCUUUUGAGCGCCCGCAGUCCCGUUUUGAGGAAAGCAUUUGGCGUUUUCCGUCAGGACUAUUACUCUUCUCUACCCGACGUGUUUGCAAUCGAGUAUGACCAACACGGGCACAGCCAGCUGCUGUUCCCAGGCGUUGACUUUUUGACCGUUCUCAACCUCGCCUUCUACCUAUAUACGGACAGUGUGCUUGAUGUCUGGCAUCAAGUCAAGUACUCAUCGGCGAACGCGUCUCGGUACCGCCAAGUUCGCGCCGAAGUCAUGCGCCUCGCAACGCAUCUGGGCCUGUCCAGUCUGGAACGGGCCGCAAGGCUGAUGAUCGAACCUCCUCCGUCCCUCACGAUCGAUAUGGCUAGCGCGAUUCUCGACCCAUCUUUCUUCAACAAUGGAGAUGUCAUCGUGGAUCUAAACGGCGGAAGCGUCCGUGUCCACAGCCAGAUCGUGUGCCAGAGGUGUCCCUUCUUCGAUGCCCUUUUUCAUGGCCGCUCGGGCGGGCGAUGGCUUGCCCAUCGUCGAACCCACCCGACGGAUAUCGUCCGCGUGGACCUGAAGCACAUCGACACGGCCCUCUUUGACUUUGUGCUGCGGUACAUGUACGCAGACACGGACGACCAGCUGUUCAAUGAAGUCCGAUCGAAGAACUUGGACGAGUUCAUCGACCUUGUUCUCGACGUCAUGUUUGUCGCGAAUGAACUGAUGAUCGAUCGACUGGCUCAGAUAUGCCAGAAAAUGCUUGGCCGUUUUGUGGAUGCACGAAACGUUUGUCAUCUGCUGAAUUCAGUUUUGCCUUGUUCCACCAAAGACUUCAAAGAUGCUGCAUUGGAGUAUAUCUGUCUCAAUCUGGGAGACUUGCUGGCCAAUAGAUAUCUGGAAGAACUUGAUGAUGAUCUGCUCGGCGAACUUGAUACCGUCUGCUACGAGAAUCAAAUGGCAUACCACCCCGUCUCCCGAGGCCGUAAUUCGGACGACUACGUCUUGGAGAAGUACCCGGAGCUUGUUUCCCUGGUGGAGAGAGAUCGGCGUCGCAGGAUCGACUCGAUGAAGCUCAAGACACGUCUGAACCAGUUUGACGCGGGUGACGACAACAAGGUGCGGCCGAUCGCUGUCUCUCCGUCACCAGCGAAAACGCGAACACCGACCAAGGAAACAUGGAACAGUCCGGUGCUCCGGUCCCGCCAGUCGAUGGGAGAAGUGCUAGGCCCCUUGGAUGAAGAAAUGGCUCUCUCCGGCCCAGCCGAGGCGUCCUCGAUAAAAGGGAAAAUGGCCAUCCGGGGGCCCAAACCAAAGGACAGUCGACCGUCCCCUCCUGAGUCGCUGACCCCGGCGGCGAGCUCGAGUUUUGUAGAAGGCGGCGAUUCGUUCAGCGAUGGGAGCCAUCUGGACAGCUUCUUGCUUGCAGGGUCGCCCUCGGAGUUGAAGGCCAGUGCAAUGUAUGAAAAGAAGAUGAAGAGUCCAGACCCAUGGAGCUCUUCUGCAAUGUCGGUCUCCAAGAAGGAUCUGAAGGACAUCAUGGCUGAAACGUCUCACUCUCGCCAGUCCAACCUCACCCUAGGCCUGUCGUCGUCCGCUCCCCGAGACAACACCAACAGCACAGCAGGGUUCGCCCCCAAGCUCUCGCAGAAGGAACGCAAAAAGCUCCAGCAGCAACAGGUGCAAGAGCAGCUCGCGGCCCAGCAGAAAGCCAAAGCAUCGCCUUCAAACCCGUGGCAGAUCCCGGCUCCUUCUCCUCGGCUAUUGCCUACGCCUACCCCUCCACCCACCCAGAAGCCCUCUAUGACGCUGCGUCAGACUGUAUCUGGAACACCGCCGCCGCCGCCGCAGCAGCAGCAACAGCAGCAGUCAACGUCUAUCCUGAAAGCCUUGCAAACUCCAAGUCGCAGCGUUUCCGCCACGCUGACACCUGCAUCCGCGAGCCCUUCAAACGGUACAACGUCUGCUCAGCCGGCCAUCCAGUCCAUCCGGCACAUCCCACGCGCAGAACCCUACCGGACGAGCUUUUCGUCGCCCUCGUCCAGCUCGCUUUCCCUCGCCACGAUCCUGAUGCAGCAGCAGAUGGAAAAGGACGAGAUCCGCGAAGCCGCAACGGCCAAGCACAAUCUACAGGAUAUCCAGAUGGAGCAGGAGUUCCAGGAAUGGUGGGACCAGGAGAGUAAGCGCGUCAUGGAGGCCGCGCAGGCUGAAGCCGCAGGCUCCUCGCGCGGAGGCAAGAGUAUACCUCAUACUAUGCCGAUAAUCUCCCGGGGGAAUAAUAAUGGUACUGGGCGCGGGAAACCUUCCGGCCCGCGCAGGCGCGGCGACAGAACAGCCUCGUCGAACGGAGCAGCACCCAAGUCCUCUUCUUCCUCCUUUGACUCGGUUCCGAAACCGCAUAAUCCCCGCCGCGAGCCAGACAGGACAAGAACGCAUACCACUGAGACGCAGGGAGGGCGGCGGGGCGGACGCGGUGGUGCGCGGGGAAGACCUCGCGAGGUUCCUCAAGGUUCUUAGUACUUGUAUAGAAUAGACUUGUGUAUUAAUAAGGGAAUCUACAACUACAUACUUUCCAGUAAGCAUAUUAUCUAUCUCUGAGAUGACGGUACUAGU